AUUUUGGUGUAAACAAACCAUUUGCCAGUUUUUCAAUCCCAAUGGAUGACGCUUCCAGAAAUCGCUCAGUUGUUUUGAAGAUUUUUGUCAUAUUGGCAUUCACAGGGCUGACAUAUGGUAACAAGCUGGACGACUUGCUGAAUGAUGAUAAACUACUUCUGUAUGUGGCCAUUGGGUUUCUUUGUUUCUCUGUGCUAUUCCUAUUUUUAGCGAUUCUAAUGAUCUCUAUCGUCGUCAUCAGAAUGCAGAAAAUGAGAAAGGCACGUCAGAAGGAAGAGGAUGAAGCAGGCGGAAGAAUCAGUGAAACAAUUAUCGCAAACCCUAAUGUUUUGCAACACCCUCCUGGGCGAAGCUCGAACGAACCAACAAAAUGGGAACGUCACCCAAACGCGGGGAAGAACGGCGGCAAAAGGGUAUCUAAGGGCAACACCCCUGUAGACUAUCUGGAGUAUAUGGACUUGAUAAUUAUGGACGCUGCGAAUAUGAACCUACCGCGUGCAAAGAGGAUAGAAAGUGAGAACAGGGAAAAGACAGUUUGAGUUAUAUGAUUGUGUGGUAGGCUGCAAUACUGCGGUGUUUUGAACGGUCUAAGUCCCUUACUGUAUUUGAGUUGAGAUUACAAUUUGUAGAUUUGACUGUAGAAUAUCAAAUUAAAGAAACUGUGAAGAAAUUUAAUUUGCCAUUCUAAACACAAUAAACCUCUUUUUCUUUUGCAUUCA